CUGAAGCAGCAGCGCAGGUUGUCCCCGUUUCCCCUCCCCCUUCCCUUCUCCGGUUGACUUUCCGGGUCCCCUACACUCCACAGUCCUGGUCCCGUCAUGUCCCAGAAACUAGAAGAAGAGAACCCUGCGGAGGAAACCGGCCAGGAGAAGCAAGACACACAAGAGAAAGAAGGUAUUCUCCCUGAGAGAGCUGAGGAAGCAAAGCUAAAGGCCAAAUAUCCAAGCCUAGGACAAAAGCCUGGAGGCUCUGACUUCCUCAUGAAGAGACUCCAGAAAGGACAAAAGUACUUUGACUCAGGAGACUACAACAUGGCCAAAGCCAAGAUGAAGAAUAAGCAGCUGCCAAGUGCAGGACCAGACAAGAACCUGGUGACUGGUGACCACAUCCCCACCCCACAGGAUCUGCCCCAGAGAAAGUCCUCACUCCUCACCAGCAAGCUUGCGGGGUAACCUGGGUCCCCCUCUCUUCCCCUUCCUCACCCUCUGGACUUUAUAUAUUGUAGGCAGGGAUGGAAUGGGCACCUAGUCAGAUCUUCUCAGCUUGCUAGCUAGGAAAGACUUGAGAUUCUG